AUGUCUUUUGUCACAAAAAUCUUCUCGAGUUUUGCACCUCAAGGCUUGACUAGGGUUUUGGCAAAUACUGCUAACUGUCCGCAGUAUACCCGCAGUUUCCACAUGAUGUUGAAACCUUUACCCGUAACACCGGCCAAUAUUUCGAAGACGCCUACUGCUCAGGAUGCAGCAUCACCAACAUCUUUGAUUGCUGGCAUCCAACGUUUAUUGAAUCCUGUUACAACAGUUUUAAAUCAAGUUGCCGGUUUCAAGGUUAAAGGACGUCUAAAGAGACGUUGCAAGGAUUGCUACUUUGUUAUCCGCCAGCAGCGUCAUUAUGUCAUUUGUCCAACCCAUCCCAGGCACAAGCAAAUGUCCAUGAAGAAACGUGAUUAUAAAUCAUGGAUUCUUACACAUGCCACACAAUCAAAAGUUAGGCCAUAUUAAA